UCGAGCUCUGCUGGUAAAUUGUCACACAGUAGUGGCCCGGAUGACUGUUCACAGCAGUGUUGGAGCUAUAACGCAGGUUGUGCUGUUAUCUGACGCUCAGUGGGAGAAUCUACCCUCUACGACACCAAUGGCAAAUCACAGAAUUCCAAGCUUCAUGGCAGCUGACCUGGUUAUCCAGCUGUCCUGCACGCUAAAGACCAAGCCAGACCGAGGGAGUUUUGGUUUCGGGACUGUCUUCACUGACCACAUGCUGACCAUAGAGUGGAGUGAGACGGAAGGCUGGCAGGCUCCACUCAUCAAACCCUUUGGUGACCUGUCACUGCAUCCAGCCUGUUCGUCACUGCACUAUGGCAUACAGCUGUUUGAAGGGUUAAAGGCGUACCGCGGGGAUGGCGACCGACUGCGUCUAUUUAGACCAAUGCUCAACAUGAACCGCAUGGCCGCCGCUGCUAAAAGAGCUUGUCUACCUGCUUUUGAUCAGUCAGAGCUGCUGGAGUGCAUCAGGCGACUGAUAGAGAUCGACCAGGACUGGGUUCCUCGCUCAGACUCAGCCAGUGUCUACAUUAGACCGACACUUAUUAGCACUGAGCCCACUCUGGGUGUAAAGAAGCCAAGCCGUGCCUUGCUGUAUGUGAUCUUGUCUCAAGUGGGCUCUUACUUUGACAAUGAGGCAGAGGCUAUCUCCCUGUGGGCGGACCCAAAGUACACACGGGCCUGGAAAGGAGGAACAGGAGACUGCAAGAUGGGAGGGAAUUAUGGAUCUGCUCUGUUUGCUCAGUAUGAAGCAGUGGGUUAUGGGUGCCAGCAAGUGCUGUGGUUGUAUGGAGAGGACCAUCAGAUCACUGAAGCAGGAACCAUGAACAUCUUCCUGCACUGGAUCAAUGAAGACGGUGAAGAGGAGCUCGCAACUCCCCCACUGGAUGGCCUCAUUCUCCCAGGCAUAACUCGACAAAGCAUCCUGGAACUAACCAGGAAAUGGGAUGAGAUUAAGGUGACGGAGCGCUUCUUGACCAUGGGUCAGCUGUGUUCGGCUCUGAAGCAGCAGCAGGUCAAAGAAAUGUUUGGCUCUGGCACUGCCUGUGUUAUCUGCCCGAUAGGACACAUUACCUACCAGGGAAAGAGUCUGAAAAUCCCAUGUCAAGGAGAAAACUCAACGUUGACUUCACGAAUAGCAAAGGAACUAACAGAUAUACAGUAUGGCCGGACAGUCAGUGACUGGACUUUUCUGGUGUAGCAGUGACAAAGGAGCCCAGAGCACACUCAUGCAGCGGAAACACAUAUCAUACACCGACUGAGGCCAUAUUUAACUUGUAAUGUGUGUAAUGUGUGCAAUAUUUCUGUAAUCACAAAGUGAUGAAGAGGCUCGGUGGUGAACACGUCUUAGAGUUUCAGCUCCUUUUAAACUUUAAUUAAUGACAAAACUCAAAUAUCCAAAAUAAUUAACAAAAGUAGGCAUAGGAGUCAAGAGUUGUCUCAUGCAAUACUGCACAAUAACUUACAGUGUCUCAGCCACUGUUUCUACUGCAUCUUUCAGCUUUAGUUGUAAUGCAAAA